AUGUCAAGUGUAUCAAGAAAAGUACUAAAGGUAGCUAAAGGUAUUGCUACAAAAGAUGGUGAUGGAGUUUCAUUAACUCGUGUUAUUGGAGGUUCUAUAAAAAGUAGUGAAGUUGAUCCAUUUUUAAUGUUGGAUGCCUUCAAAUCUGAUAACCCAGAUGAUUAUAUCGCAGGUUUCCCAGAUCACCCACAUCGUGGUCAACAAACUCUCACCUACAUGAUUGAAGGUGCAAUGUUACAUGAGGAUAAUAGAAAAAAUAGAGGUUUAUUAUUACCAGGCAUGGUUCAAAUUAUGAAUGCAGGUAAAGGUAUUAUUCAUUCAGAAAUUCCACAACAACGUGAUGGUAUGAUGUUUGGAUUUCAAUUUUGGUUAAAUUUAGCAGCAGCAGAAAAGAUGUCAGAACCAUGGUAUAAAGAUAUUCCAGCAGCAGAUAUACCAGAGGUUAAUACUGAUGAUAAAAAAGUUAGAAUCAUCGCAGGUGUUUAUGAUGGUAUCGAAGGUCCAGUUAGAGAUUUACAUGUUAAACCAAUCUUUUUAGAUGUUAAAUUAAAAGCAAAUGCUAAAUUUUCAGAGGAAAUUCCAGAUUUUGAUCAUAGUUCUUUUGUUUAUGUUUUCGAAGGUGAAGGUUUUUUCGGUCCACAAGGUAAUCAAGUUAAAAUCGGUGAUCAACAUAUUGGUUUAUUAGAAAACAAAGAUAACAAUACCCUCUCAAAAGAUGAUCAACAACAAUCAAUUCCAAAUAAAAUUGAUGUCACCGCUGGUGAAAAUGGUGUUAGAUUUUUAUUCUUAUCUGCAAAACCAUUACGUGAACCUGUUGUACAACAUGGUCCAUUCGUUAUGAAUACACAAAGAGAAAUUCAACAAGCAUUUUAUGAUUUUCAAUCUGGUAAAUUUUAA